AUGGAGUUCAUCGGAGCGGCGGCCUCUAUCGCCACUUUGGUCGAGGUGGUCAAAGUAGCAGUCGAGCUUCAACAACGCCUGCAAGAAGCGCCCUCGGAAAUCGACAGGACGCUCCGCCACGUACAACUCGUUGCUCUCCAAUUGCGCACACUCAUGGAGAUGGAGAGGAGCAUGAUCGAGUCAGACGAUGAAUUGGAAAGAUCCUGUGCUGCCAUGCUGCGACAAUGCCAUCAUGGCAUGGCCGCUCUUCGGGCCUCCCUUGGCUCGACGGUGGGCGCCAAACACGGCAAGCGACUGCGUUGGGCGCUGCUUGGACGAGCGAGGAGCAAGGAGCUCACGAUGGAACUGGCCUGCCUUGACAGCUCGCUGAGUGUGGUACUGAACAUUCUACAGUGGUAA